CAAAAACAGAGCCGUAGUUAGGUUUAGAGGAAAUGAAGCUGCGUCCCAUGAAAUUCCUGUGAAUCUUACCGGUCGGAGGUGAAUGCGCCGGCUGGCAAUCUUCGGCUAGACUGUGAAGGGAAGUGAAAGAGGUGUUCGACGUGUGCGAUUUUUCGUUUCCUUUAACUCGUCGGGUUACUUCAUCGGAAAGAGAAGAACAGAACCUCAGGUUCUCUCCAAAUAUCCAAUGUCAGAGUGCGAAAUUAUGGAACCAGGAAACGAAAAUGGUUUCAUGCAAUUCGAUAAUGAGAUAGUUUCGAACAAUAUCAACGUUGUGGAUAACAACGCCUUGAGAGGAGAUGGAGAGAUUGUGCUCGAGGUGGGUAUGACAUUUAAAGAUGAAAAUGAGUUGUUUGAUUUCUACAAGCAAUAUGCCUAUGCAGUUGGUUUUCUAGUCAGAAAAAGAAAUUCUAAAAAGGGGGAUGAUGGAAUUGUUAGAUUUGUGACAUUUACAUGUAGUCGUGAAGGCCGAAGGUCUAGUAAUACAAACAGUGCUUUGAAGUCGCAACCAACAAGUCAAACAGAUUGUAAAGCACGAAUAUCUGUAUCUGCAGACUGUAAUGGCACAUGGAGAAUUAACACCGUCAACCUCCAGCAUAACCAUAAGACAAGUCCUUCGAAGUCUAGGAUGUUUCGGUGCAGUCGGGAAUUACGUGCAUAUGUAAAACGAAAGCUUGAAUUGAAUGACAUAGCGGGUAUUCCACUGUACAAAAGUUUCAACUCUGCAGUUGUAGAGGCAGGUGGAUAUGAGAAUAUGACUUGUGUUGAAAAAUAUUGCUGAAAUUAUAUUGAACAAGUUAGACGGUUACGACUUGGAGAGGGAGAUGCAGUAGGAUUACAAUCUUACUUUUCACAGAUGCAAGCACGGUGCUCAGGGUUUUACUUCGCUAUGGAUUUGGAUGACGAGUCUCGGCUUAAGAAUGUAUUUUGGAUAGAUAAUAGAUGUAGGCAAGCUGACAAGGAGUUCGACGAUGUUGUAACCUUUGAUACCACUUAUUUGACGAAUAAGUACGACAUGCCUUUCGCACCUUUUGUUGGUGUGAAUCAUCACGGACAAUCAACAUUGCUUGGUUGUGGCUUGUUAUCAAAUGAGAA